UACAAUUGCCUAGCAACAAAGAACCUCCAUGCUCUAACAUUCUAUGCCCAGCAGCCAGAGCUGAGUGGUGUGGAGCUGCUAGGAUGAGCACUGUUCCAUGGUACAUGGAAAAGCUGUCAUCAAGAUUCUUGCCAGCAAACAGCAACAAACAUAGGUUCUCUGAUUCACUCAACAGCCAGCGCUGGAGGUUCUUAAAAAGUGGCCUGGAUGAUUUCAGAAGCGGCUUCCCUCCUCCAUCUGAUAACAUCAUCAUCCAAGUCAGAAAGGGGCUUUCCCCCGUCAUUCUACAGAGCAGAUCCCACCUGUCCCACCAAAAGGUGCGGAAAACAUCUGCUAAGCCCACGUGCAAGCUCCAACCAGAGGUGGAAGCCAGGAAGGAGUUCACAAAGGACACUAAUCAUCAUCAAAGCCACUGCCCUCAGUUAAUGCGCUCUCACUUGAAAGACCACAUCUUUCCAAAGUUACAAACAGGAAGCCAACAGAGUCCAAAUGUAUCUCUGAUCUUAUUACAGAAGCAGGCGUAAGAAACUGUCAACUUUCUGGGAUGCCUUGCUGUCAUGCUGAGAUUAGCCACAUGGUUCAGUUACUAAAGCACACCUACAAGACACUGGAGAGAAGAAGCUUUACCCUCCAGCUGUGGAAACCUCCUUGAAUAACCCUGAGUUUGCCAAGAAUAAUAAAGAAUCU